GACUCCUCAAAACAAUGUUCAGUGGUUGAAUGAGGAACAAGGUGUUCUGUUUAGAAACUGCUAGUCUCAAAAUGAUUUAGCACUUUGUCCAAGGCCUCGUUGCGUCACACCGUAAUGAUGGUUUUACGUAAGGGCAUGACCGCGGCACUAUUUGAACAAAGACAGGAGCCACUACUAUAAAAGGAGAAGCCUCGCUAAUCAAUUACAGAAAGUGGAAUGCAUCGUUUUACCAUGUUCAGAGUAGCUGGUAUUUUGCUUGGAGCCUCAAUUGGCUUCAACAUGGCUUGCAUGUCUUCAGCUUCCAGUGUAUCAGCACGUAAAGAAGCUCCUAAAAUGAUGUAUGACUUCCGAACCCUAGCCUCCUUAGAUAACUGGAGGGAAUCUUCAGACACUGUCAGGACACCAGGAAUGUCAAAGGGAGCCUUUGUUAUCCAGAAAUCUCAACUCUUCCAGAGAGCUGUACUUUUCUCUAUGCUAAAUCCACAGCCAAAUGGAGCUGGAUUUGUAGGCUUUGUUACAGAUGAUGGCUGGGACUUGAGUCAUUAUUCUGGGGUAGAAUUAAAAGUUCGUGCCCAGGGUGAAAACUUCCAUUAUAAGGUCAACUUCAGACACAAAGGACAGCAUGAGGGUGAUGGAUCACCAUCUUAUGAAGCCUUUUAUGAGGUACCAAAGAAAGAGUGGACAGUGAUUACAAUUCCAUUUACUGAGUUCAAGCCUUACUUCAGAGGAGCUCCUGUGCCUGAUGCAGACCCCCUGGAUACUUCUGAUAUUACCUCACUUGGUUUACAGAUUACAGGUGGUGUUUAUGAAGCAUACAAACAACAUGGUGCAUCAUCACUUGAAAUUGACUAUAUACAAGCAGUGUGAGUGCAUAUUGCUUUCUUAAUACAGUAUUAACUAACAUGAUCUUUUGUUGUUUUAAAUGGUAAGGGAAGUUGACAAGUUGUGUCUCGUCAAGUAUUCAAAGAGUAUACUGUAAUCAAGGUUGUGAAUUGUGUUUCUUUUUGAGUACCUUGUGUGAUGAAGUAAAGUAUUGAAUUUAUUAAAAUGAAAAAUUCAGGUUGUGUACAUAAAUUCAUUACAAGGAGAGAUGGUUGAGAGUUUUCCAGACAUGUUUAGUGUAGCUUUUUCCAGUUUGUUUUGCGUAAAGACUUAAUUGUUAAUAGUUGUGCGAAAACACCACAUACUCUUAACAAGAACAUUAUUGAUCAUUAUUUUAAGAUCGAGUGCCUUGAUAGAUCACCACACAACAUUUCAAGGUGAGGAGAAAUAGGAUUUCAAAUGAUUGUACUCUUUAUAUUUAAAAUCCUAAGGUAGCUAAUACUCUUGGUGCAGCAUUGAGAAUCCAUUAGCUGAAUGCAUCAAACAAUGGGCAAUGUAAAAUUGUACUCAUGGUACAGCAUUGGGAAAACAUAAAAUUGGUUUGUAUCUGCUGCUUAAACACUACUACUAGUUGUGUUGUAGUAUCAACAGUACUAUUUUCAUCUGGUACAAUUAUUUUGCUGGUGGGUAAUCUGUAAAAUAUAUUUAACUUUUGAGGUCUACAAUAAUGUUUUAAAUUACUGUUUUUAGUAGCAACUACAUGAAACUUGGUAUCUUGUGUUGAAUUUCAUUUUAUUAUUACACCUUUGAAUACAAGAUUACAUAUUUCAAGUAACAUUCGGUAAACCUAUCUCAGCAUUAUCCUACGCAAUUCUACACAAGAUUUUUCUUCACGUUGUUAGAUAUACGGCCAAUUAAUAAAUCAUACAGAAAACCUUUUUAAUGUUAGAUGUACAUUAAUCAUACCAUAUAAACAUUGAAAGCAUGUUUCAACCUAUGUCAGCAAUAACCAACAAAAGUUAGUAGCUGUUAAGAAUACUUUACAUGUUAAAAUCUUUAAAAUGCUGAAAUGGAAUGGCGGAAAAAUGUAAUGGAAACAGUUUUUUUUUUUUUUUUUUUUUAUUUGAAAUGUUAAGUUUCAUUUUCCACACAUUGGACUCUAACACAUAAUUAGGUUCCUAAAAAUAUGAAAUAAUUUAAAUUUUUAAGAUGUUUUGCCACUUAAGUGAUUUUUCAAAGUUAUUCCUGUUAGUUUGUAAUAGUACUGUAUUAAAAACAUAAUUCUGA